CGCUCCCGCUUGGCUGGUUCCGGGUUGAGAGGCUGCGCUGGGACCAGAGCAGUGACUGCUGAGCCGGCGGGGCAGACCCCCUGCAUCUCAGGCCCCCAUCUCCGUCGCCCCCGGAGCCAUGGCCUGCAGCCUCAAGGACGAGCUGCUCUGCUCCAUCUGUCUGAGCAUCUACCAGGACCCUGUGAGUCUGGGCUGCGAGCACUACUUCUGCCGCCGCUGCAUCACCGAGCAUUGGGUGCGGCAGGAGGCGCAGGGCGCCCGCGACUGCCCCGAGUGCCGGCGGACGUUCGCCGAGCCGGCGUUCGCCCCCAGCCUCAAGCUGGCCAACAUCGUGGAGCGCUACAGCGCCUUCCCGCUGGACGCCAUCCUCAAUGCGCGCCGCGCGGCACGACCCUGCCAGGCGCACGACAAGGUCAAGCUCUUCUGCCUCACGGAUCGUGCACUGCUCUGCUUUUUCUGCGACGAGCCCGCUCUGCACGAGCAGCACCAAGUCACCGGCAUAGACGAUGCCUUCGAGGAGUUGCAGAAAUCCAGGGGGUUGGACCAGAUGGUCCUGGGAGCUCCUUCCUGUUCUGGCUGCCCGAGGAUGCAGGGAGGCACCUGGACACAGCAAGGGGUGAGGACGUGGAGAAGUGACUCAAAGCCUCACAUGGGACACGGUGCCCACUCCAUCUCCCGAGUGCUCAGUAGGGAGCUGAAGGAGCAGCUUCAGGCCCUUCAGGACAGCGAGCGAGAGCACACAGAGGCGCUGCAGCUGCUCAAACGACAGCUGGCGGAGACUAAGUCUUCCACCAAAAGCCUGCGGACCACCAUCGGCGAGGCCUUCGAGCGGCUGCACCGGCUGCUGCGGGAGCGGCAGAAGGCCAUGCUGGAGGAGCUGGAGGCCGACACGGCGCGCACACUGACCGACAUUGAGCAGAAAGUCCAGCGCUACAGCCAGCAGCUGCGCAAGGUGCAAGAAGGGGCCCAGAUCCUGCAGGAGCGGCUGGCCGAGACCGACCGACACACCUUCCUGGCUGGGGUGGCCUCACUGUCAGAGAGGCUCAAAGGCAAAAUCCAUGAGACCAAUCUGACAUAUGAAGACUUUCCAACCUCCAAGUACACAGGCCCCCUGCAGUACACCAUCUGGAAGUCCCUGUUUCAAGACAUCCACCCAGUGCCAGCUGCCCUGACCCUGGACCCAGGCACCGCCCACCAGCGCCUGAUUUUGUCCGACGACUGCACCAUCGUGGCCUAUGGCAACCUGCACCCACAGCCUCUGCAGGACUCGCCAAAGCGCUUCGAUGUGGAGGUGUCAGUGCUGGGCUCUGAGGCCUUCAGUGGCGGCGUCCACUACUGGGAGGUGGUGGUGGCAGAGAAGACCCAGUGGGUGAUCGGGCUGGCACACGAGGCCGCAAGCCGCAAGGGCAGCAUCCAGAUCCAGCCCAGCCGAGGUUUCUACUGCAUUGUCAUGCACGACGGCAACCAGUACAGCGCCUGCACGGAGCCCUGGACGCGGCUCAACGUCCGAGAUAAGCUUGACAAGGUAGGCGUCUUCCUGGACUACGACCAAGGCCUGCUCAUCUUCUACAACGCCGACGACAUGUCCUGGCUCUACACCUUCCGUGAGAAGUUCCCUGGCAAGCUCUGCUCCUACUUCAGCCCCGGGCAGAGCCACGCCAAUGGCAAGAAUGUACAGCCCUUGAGGAUCAACACCGUCCGCAUCUAAUGCACCGGAAGGAAACCGGCACUGGAAGGAAACUGAAAACACCAAGGCCAUGGCCGCCAGAAGAGCCCUGCCCAGGGGACGGGAGGCCUGACUCCGUGGCCCAGCUCCUCCAGCCUGAGAUCUCAGGCCAGUUGUUUACCCUUCAGCCUCCCUUGUCUGUAAAAUAGAGGAUGUGCUCCACAAUUCCCAAGCCCUCUUCCAGCACUGAUGUUCUGUAGCUCUGACCUUGAUGGGGAUGUACCUUUGGUCCAAGAAUGUUACAUGGCUUCUCCUCAGGGCAGCCCUUGCCUGACCCUCAUCCCCAUCCUCCAAGGGGCAAGGGACUGUCUCCCUGUAUCUCCCUCCUGCCCACAUGCCCUAACCUCAGGAUAUGUCAGAGUGUUGUUGCCAGCAGUUGGCAGCUCAGAAGAUACUCAGAACCCUUAGGCUCCCAGGCCUAAGACUGCCCCUGACCAAGCUAGUGAUGGCCCAGUGUACCCUUGACCCCAGCCCACAGUGAGCACAGGCAGUAUCUGGACCUAGUGUGGCCUGAGAAGUGCCCUCUCCUUCCACCUCUGGACCAAGAACUUUAGUGUUCCUGCUUCCCCCCCUCCUCUGCAGGUAGAGAUGGUGCUGUGACCUGUGGAAGGCACCCAGUAGUUGAGCUCAUGUUUGUUACUGUACCACCACUGUCCUGCCCACGGGUCUAAUGGUGGGACAGUGGCACACCUCAAGGCUGAUUAGAGCCCAGCAGCCCAAAGGCAGCUACAGGACAAGCAUCAUCGGAUGAUGAGGCGUGGAUACGGGUCCGGCCAGACCUCCAGACCUCCAGACCUCUGUGACCAGGGGAGGGUGUGGGGGAGGCUGCGGAAAGCAGGUGUUUUAAUCACAACCUGAGAACUGGAAAGGGCUGUUGGGUGGGAAGUCUCAUCAGGCUUCUAUCUCCAUUAAGAUCCCGUUGUGGCAAACAAGAGCUGCUCUAGCUGGUUUAAUUAGACAGGAUUUAUUACUGGGUCCCUGAUGGCUUUGCAAAAUCAUUGCAAGGGCUGGAGGAGCAGACUCUUUGCUGAAUUUCCAGGAAUUGCUCCCAGCUGCCAGAUUCAUCAUGUCUCCUGACCAGGAACACUGCUUCCGUGUGCAGGAAGCCAUGGCUUCAGGAAGCUGCUGACUACGGAAUUGUGCUCCCUCUGCUACUCGUCAUGCCAGCAAAUGAAUGUCCUGAGGCCUGCCUCUCACUCAAUUCAGUUCCCAAACUCAGGUCUCUCAUGAAGGAUUCUGUUUGGGGGAUUGUAAAGCAGAUCCAGCACCUUGGUUGCAAGGGAGUCUGGGAAAUGUAGUUCUCUUUUUUCCAACCUCAGCCAUUUAAAAAAAAAAAAAACACUACUAGAAGGAAGUUCAAAUAGAUGUUGAACAAAUCCACCCAUGGUUUUUGCCACUGGAGUCUACCUCCAGGCCUUGGCUUUGAAGCAGCAGAGCCUCUGGGUCUCCUGCUCCCAGGCUCUGGCUCUGUCCCUGCCCAGGGGCAGGAGCCCAAAGCAUGGGCCUGCAGGGCCCUGCUGAAGUGUCUCCAGCCUUGGCUUUUCUUUCUAGUCUUUGGGCCUAGAUUCUGAACUUGGGAUCUCUGACCAAAUCCAUCCCAAAGAAGCCAGACUAGCUGAACUUGGGGGUCUCUAACCUCACAAUGCUGCCCACUGGGGCCCACCUUGGGCAGGAGAAAUCCUCAGUUUUACCCCACCCCUUCAUUUCCUGGAAUAUGGGCCACCCCCAGCAAUAUUUUAAAUGUAGCCCAUUUUGUGAGUUAUGAUAAAUUUAUAUUAAAUUAAGGUUAUAGGAUAUCAA